AAAAAUUGGAGGGAUAUUGAAUUUUAAAACAGAAUUUAGGGAACGCAAUUAAGCCUUAAAAGAAUUAAUAAUUUUUAAAAAGAAAUCUCUCUCCGUGCUGUUGCAUCUCAAAUUUCUCUAAUCCUUUCAGCGGCACGCCGGUCACGCAGGUCCGGUCACGCCCACUCCCGGCCGCUCCGUCGCCACGCCCUUCGCUGUUCCCAGUUUCAGAGUUCACUCACAAACAGUUAAAUUAUGGUUGAACCGGUUGAAUCAAUGGCCAGUCUAGGGUUCGAAUCUUGGUUCUGAUAAUUUUUGAAAUUCACCUUCAAUUUCUGAAAACAAGAGAGUAAUGGAAGAGGCGAACGAUAAUUUAUCCAUGGCUACCGUAUUUAAUAAUCUCAAAGAUAAGAAGAAGAAGCAAAAUAAAAAGACAAAUGCAGAUGAAGAGAGCGAAAAAGUUGCGGUAGAUUCUGCUACAGCGCCAAAUAAUGGUGGUAGUGGUAGCAGCAGUGAUGCUAACCCUAGGAUUUGUUUAUUUGAUCUCUCUGCUGAUAAUUUCUUCCGAGAUAUGGAUACCAUUGCCAGACUCUGUGGGGAAGAAGAACGAAAUGCUGCUGUUGAGCAAAGUGAGAUCAAGAGAAUGUCUUCCUCUGUUACUUUCUUAAGACAAUGGAGGGAUUUUAAUUAUCCAUCUAAACACAUCAAGCUUGCUUAUGGACUUGGUAGCUCUGAGUGUUAUGAGAGAAAUGAUAUCAGUGACAUAAAUUUACCUCAGUUUUCAUCCGCUCUUGUUCCUAAGUAUGACAUGCGAAAAAAGCAGCAAUAUGGGGAUGCCAAAUCUCAAGAAUCCAGAGACUUUGUGAUGAAUGUUGGAGGUUCUGUAUGGGCAUUAGAUUGGUGUCCUCAGAUGUAUGAAGAGCCCGAUUGUGCAAUUAAAUGUGAGUUCAUUGCUGUUGCUGCUCAUCCACCUGGCUCAUCUUAUCACAAGAUGGGGGCUUCACUUAUUGGUAGAGGUGUUGUGCAAAUAUGGUGUCUUCUAAAUAUGACUGAACACAAUGAAGACCUAGGCACAAAUGAGAAAUCAACAACAACGAAGAAGCCUAGAGGAAGACCUAGAAAGAAUCCUACUGGAAUAGCAGUGGAUGGUACAAAUUGUGAGACCCAGUGUGAGCCAUCACUUACUGCUCAAUUUGCAGAGAAUUCUAUGGAUUUUCCUGCUCCAAAUGAGAAUCUUGAAAACAAUGAAGAAAUAGUCUGUAUUUCAAACAAGAGAAAAAGAGGAAGACCGAGAAAGAAUUCAACUUUAAUAGCAGUGGAUAAUGCAAAUUGUGAGACCCAGAACGUGUCAUCUCAUGUUGAAUUUGCAGAAAAUUCUAUUGAGUUUCCUGCUCCAAAUGGGAAUAUUGAAAACAACGAAGCAAUAUUCCCCAUUACAAACAAGAGUAAAAGAGGGCCUAGAGGAAAGGAAGCUAUGAAUGAAAGAUCAUCACCAACUAAGAGGCCUAGAGGAAGACCUAAAAAGAAUUCAAAAGAAGAAACAGUGGGUGAUCCAAAUUGUGAAAACCAUUAUGUUCCUCUUGCUGUUCAACUUCCAGAUUCAGCCGAAUUUACUUCUCCAGACGUGGUUGGUGGGAAUUUUGAUGAACAUGAUUCACAACAAUCUUCUAAUACAAAGGGAAAGAAUGCCAAAAAACCUGCUUCUGCAUGUGAUUCAGAAACUCUUGCUAAGAAAGAAUGCAAAGAUACAGAUCAGCCAUUAUUGAUUCCGUGGGAGAAUGUGGCAAAUCAUCAACCACAUGGUAGCUCUGUAUUGGAACCUCCAGCAUCUACUUGUUCCGUUCCAGGAAAUGUAGCAUUACCUCGAGUUGUGUCAUGCCUAGCUCAUAAUGGAAAGGUAGCAUGGGAUGUGAAAUGGCGGCCUCUUAACAAUUUUGAUUCCUCAACAAAGCACCGAAUGGGCUAUCUUGCUGUCUUGUUGGGCAAUGGAUCUCUGGAAGUAUGGGAGGUUCCUCUUCCUCAUGUGCUGAGAUCAAUUUAUACGCAGAGGGAGGGCACUGAUCCACGUUUUAUAAAAUUGGAGCCUGUAUUCAAAUGCUCUAUGUUGAAGCGUGGCAGUUUACAAAGCAUUCCACUAACAGUAGAGUGGUCAGUUACGCCCCCUCAUGACUAUAUACUUGCUGGCUGCCAUGAUGGAACGGUUGCUCUGUGGAAAUUCUCUACAAAUUCUUCAUCCAAAUGUGAUGAUACAAAGCCUAUGCUUUGUUUCGGUGGGGAUACAGUUCCUAUUAGAGCAGUUGCCUGGGCUCCUUUUGAAGGUGAUCCAGAGAUUUCUAAUAUAAUAGUAACCGCUGGACAUGAAGGCCUUAAGUUUUGGGACCUACGUAAUCCAUUUCGUCCUCUGAGGAACCUCCAGCCUUCGCAGAGAAUCAUAUACAGUCUGGAUUGGUUGUCAAAGCCAAGUUGUAUUAUUAUGUCCUUUGAGGAUGGAACAAUGAAAACCGUUAGCUUGGUGAAGGCUGCAAGUGACCUCCCUGUCACUGGAACAAUAUACACUGGGAAAAAACAACCAUGGUUGCAUGGUACUACGUAUUCAUCCUAUGCCAUUUGGAGUGUUCACGUGUCCCGGGAAACAGGCAUGGUUGCAUAUUGCGGUGCAGAUGGUUCUGCCGUCCGUUUUCAGCUUACUACUAAAGCAGUGGAAACAGAUCAUUCACACAAUCGACUCCCAUUCUUUCUUUGUGGAUCGGUAUGUGAAGAGGAAUCAACUAUAAUUGUCAACACUCCAGUAUCAAACUCUCCUUUCCCAUUGAAGAAGACGCAUGAAAAAGGACCACAAGUUAACUCUUUCCGAGACUUAUUAUCCAAGGAAAAUUUAAGCAGGAGUGUGAUUAAUCAAACGACAAAAGCUUCUAAUAAUGAUUCUGAGAUUUUAGCCCUUUAUGAUGUUGAUAAUUUUGAUUUGGAAUCUGGAUAUGAGGAAGCAUUGUCUUCUGCGGAGCAGCCGAAAAGACCAAAACUGAGCUGUAGCAGCAAGAAGAAACCACGUGAAAGCACAUCUCUUGUUCGUAGAGAUGGUGCGUUGACAAAUAAACCCGGAGUUGAUAAAGAAAAGCUGGAUUCUGGGAAUAUAAUACCUGAAGUCUUUCCUCACAAAUUGGUUGCAUUGCAUAAAGUGAGAUGGAACAUGAACAAGGGUAGUGAGAAAUGGUUGUGUUUUGGAGGAGCUAGUGGACUUGUACGUUGUCAAGAGAUUGUUUUCUCUGAUAUUGAUAAGAAAAGGGCCUUGAAGAGAUAGCAUUUUAUCCACGUAAAUUUUUAUGGUCUUAAAUUGCCUUAAAUGUGAAUAUGCAAAUUUGGAUACACCAAGGAACAAUUAGAGUCAAUAAUGACCAGUAAGUAUGUAAAAUUUCCAUUAAUUAUACCCCUACUCUCUCUCGGUGUUUUAAAAAUCAACUCAGACGGCCCGGUUGGACGGAAAACUUGUAGAGUAACCGGUUCGGGCGGCCUAAUAGACCGGCAAUAUUCGGAUGC